ACCAUAAUUGCGUUCUGACCCCAGUGCAGCUCAAUGUAAACAUGCGCAACGUUAGAAUCUUCUGGCUAACAUUAAGGUUAGCUGUAUUGUUCGCAACUUAUGUCACAUUUACUUUGUACUGGCAAGUUGUCUGCAAGAGUUAGCUAACGUGGUCAGAACAAACAUAUUGUAGGAAACUAGCCAGCUAAAAUGAGAAAAUUUAGCAAGCCAACUAAUGUUCGCAAGCUAGCUUAGCUGGUUAAAUAGCUAGCUAGCUUCUGAGACUCCUUAAACCUUUUAUCAACUACCAAGCGCGGUUUAUUUUGUGGAGUAAAGUUACAUGUUGAAGCGUCGCUAUGGCAAGUUUCGUAGACGUGAAGAAUGUUGAGCCAACCCACUUUGAAGAACAACACUAUGACAAAUAUGAAUACUACAACCUUUCAGAAAAAUACACAAGUGGCGCUAGCCGCAAGGGGAGGUCAAAGAAGGAAGCCAGCGACAAUACCAACCGACCCAACCCCGGAGGCCACGAGCACAAGCUCAUAGAGAAGCUUCAGAACACUGAAAAGAAGGCCAAGGAGUGAGUAAAUGGAGGGCAAAUCGGACGGCUAACACUGGCAACCGACCAUGGCCGCCUUGGUGACAAAACAAGAUGGGCAGACAGACGGUGAACUCCAAUGUAGAGAGGGGUGAAUAUGAGGAUGGGUCACAGGCUGCCAAUGAGUUUGACUCUAGCGUCAGUGAAGGGGGAUUUCAGUCCUCUCCUUCAUAGAGCUGAUGGUAUGGAGUGGGAGUGGCUCCACUGAAGGUGAUGUAGACCACCGUGCAAGCGGUCUUCUGGACAGCCUUCCCAAACAAGUGGGAAGUAAUGGGAGUGGUUGCAGGCUGCAUCAUGUUUCAGUAUCAAUGUGGUUUUGUUUUUAAGUCUUAAUUGAUGAUAUUUGUCACUUAAUGUUUUUAAGCAAAGAGGUUCUUAAAAUUGAUUUAUUUUACAAAGUGUAUUGAAAAUAAAUGCUUUCAUAAAAUGUA